AUGUCGUGGAAAAAGAGCGAGAAGCUGCUUGACACCAUCAGGCACUAUGCAAGCUUCCCCGCCACGGGCGUGAGCUUGCGCCAGAUGGUCCAGUUCGGCGAGAAGCCAUCGACGGGCACCCUGUUCCGCGCCUCGCAGUUCCUUGCAGAAGAGCUCCCCAUUCGGCUGGCCCACCGUGUCCAGGAGCUUGAGACGCUGCCGGACGGGCUCAACGAGAUGCCCUCGGUGAAGAAGGUGGCUGAUUGGUAUGCGCAGUCGUUCGAGGAAAUCACCACACUGCCGAGGCCAGAGCUUCCCAAAGAUGUACGGGACCGGCUGUUAAGACCGUCGAGAACUGCGGGCAAAGGCGCCUCGUGGUUGAGCGAGGCGACGCCGAACCCGAGCAUUGAGGAAGGACAAUACAACUCGUGGAGCGGCAUAACGCAGCAAUUCAACAACAACAGCAACGGCUGGGCCAAGGGCAAAUUUCCUGCGACAAGGAGAUACUUUGCAAUGGUGGAUGACACUGGCGACUGGCCACCCGAGCUACAGCUGUACAAUCAGAAAUUCGCGCAGACGCUGCAUCGCAUCAAGAGGAGGCACGACAGCGUCGUGACCACCAUGGCCCAAGGCAUCCUCGAGUGGAAACGCAAGCGGCAACGGAUGCAGAUUGAUAACAACAUUCAAUCCUUCCUGGAUCGCUUCUACAUGUCGAGAAUCGGCAUACGCAUGCUCAUCGGGCAGCACAUUGCCCUGACUGACCAGAGCCACCACCGAGACCCAUCUUACGUUGGCAUCAUCUGCACAAAGACUUACGUUAAAGACCUGGCGCAAGAAGCCAUCGAGAACGCGCGCUUUGUCUGCGAGGACCACUACGGCCUGUUCGAGGCGCCCAAGAUCCAGCUCGUGUGCAAUCCGAACCUCAAUUUCAUGUACGUGCCGGGGCACCUGUCGCACAUGCUCUUUGAGACGCUCAAAAACUCGCUGCGCGCCGUCGUCGAGACGCACGGCCAGGACAAGCAAGAGUUCCCCGUCACGAAGGUGAUCGUGGCCGAGGGCAAGGAGGACAUUACCAUCAAGAUUUCGGACGAAGGCGGGGGCAUCCCUCGCAGCGCCAUCCCGCUCGUGUGGACCUACAUGUACACCACGGUCGACCGGACACCCAAUCUGGACCCGGACUUUGACAAGAGCGACUUUAAGGCGCCAAUGGCGGGCUUUGGCUACGGCUUGCCUAUAUCACGGUUGUACGCGAGGUAUUUCGGUGGUGAUUUAAAGCUGAUUAGCAUGGAGGGAUACGGGACAGACGUCUAUCUGCACCUGAACCGUCUCUCGAGUUCAUCAGAACCUCUGCAAUAG